GGGCAUCCAUCGGAGGCUCCUGUGGGGAUCGCUGGGAGGACGCGCCGACCCAGGGACUAAAACCUUACGUGUCGUGACUUCUGUCCAGCUGAAGAAUGUGCGGGCGAACAUCCUGUCACUUGCCUAGAGACGCCCUCACCAGGGCCUGUGCCUAUCGGGAUGGCCAGGGCAGGCGGCGGCUCCCGCAGUGGCGGGACGCUGAGAAGUACUGCCCCUCGUACAACAAGAGCCCCCAGUCCAGCAGCCCGGUGCUUCUCUCCCGACUGCACUUCGAGAAGGAUGCAGACUCAUCAGAGCGGGUAAUUGUUCCCAUGCGAUGGGGCCUGGUCCCAUCUUGGUUCAAGGAAAGUGACCCUUCCAAGUUGCAGUUCAACACUACCAACUGUCGUAGUGAUACCAUAAUGGAGAAGCAGUCAUUCAAGGUUCCUCUGGGGAAAGGACGCCGAUGUGUCGUUCUAGCAGAUGGAUUCUACGAGUGGCAGCGGUGUCAGGGGGGAACAAACCAGAGGCAACCAUACUUCAUCUAUUUCCCUCAAGUCAGGACGGAGAAGUCAGGCGGGGACGAUGCUGCAGACACCCCUGAAAGCAAGGAAAAGGACUGGGACAACUGGAGGCUGCUGACAAUGGCAGGGAUCUUUGACUGCUGGGAGCCCCCAGGGGGAGAGCGCCUGUAUUCCUACAGCGUCAUCACUGUGGAGUCCUGCAGAGGGUUGAGUGACAUCCACAACAGGAUGCCUGCCAUACUAGAUGGAGAAGAGGCCGUCUCCAAAUGGCUUGACUUUGGUGAGGUCGCCACUCAGGAAGCUCUGAAGUUAAUCCACCCCAUAGACAAUAUCACCUUCCACCCAGUUUCUCCAGUGGUGAACAACUCCCGAAACAACAGUCCUGAGUGUCUGGUUCCUGCUGACUUGGUGAUUAAGAAGGAGCCCAAGACAAGUGGCAGUAGUCAAAGGAUGAUGCAGUGGUUGGCUACAAAGUCACCCAAAAAGGAAGUCCCUGAACCACCCAAAAAGGAAGAAUCCGGUUUACCCCAGUGGACCAGCCAGUUUCUACAAAAGAGCCCACUGCCUGCUAAGAGAGGUGCCGCCGGCAGCCUCCUGGAUCGAUGGCUGAAGCAGGAGAAGGACGGUGAGCCCAUGGCCAAGCGGCCCAACAGCUAGUGACCGGACCCCUCCAUCCCAGGCCACCGCCUGAUACAGCAAAUUACUCUUGUCACCAGCUGACUGGAUUUGUGUUCGUUUACUUGGGAAGGUGGUGGCACAGUGUCAGCUGUGGGCCUAGGAGAACAUGGCUGCUGUGGGACAGCCUAAGAAGAUGGCUGGCUGCCGUGGUCAGCCCUGUGGGCCCAGCUAGCCGUCCUGGCUCGGCUGGUAGUCUCGCCUCCCUGCUGGAUGCUUUCCUGUUCCUGGUUGUCUUCUCAAUCUCUGGCUUCUCUUUUAGAAUUAAGUUCUCAAAAUAUAUUUUGUUCUAAAUAAAUGACGUUUGA